AUGAUUGCAGCAGUGGAAUCAAUCCUUAGUCAGACGGAGGCAACGGAGGAGACUAAGAACCUCAUCCGACACCAAGUGUCGUCUCUCCUGAUGGCCCACAGGCCGCGGGAAGUGCUUUCCAAGGUCGAACGUGAUGCGCUUAGAGAACUCAAGGCCGACAAAGACCUGGUCAUCGUGCCAGCGGACAAGGGGUGCUCCGAGGUUGUGCUGGACAGGACAGACUACCUUCAAAAAGUCAAAGGUUUACUUGAGGACCGACAGUUCUAUGUCCCAUGUGCAACGAACCCUGUAAAAGCGCUGACAUGCGAAAUUAAUGCUACGUUGUUGGCCUUGGUGAACUCAGGUGCAAUAACACUGACCGACAGACGCAUGGCGAGACCCCAAGAUACGGCUUUGGCCCGAUUCUAUGGCUUCCCUAAGGUGCACAAAGACGGUGCUCCUCUCCGACCAAUGGGUUCGCCGAUUUUGGGGUUCAUCGCCGAGGCGGUCCUGCAACGGUUAAAGUCGCUGGUCUUCCAACACCACAAAUCGAAGUUCUGGGCCCGGUAUGUGGAUAACACCUUCGUCGUUAUCGAUCGGGAUCAACUGCUGACAUUCAAGGAACGUCUGAAUGCGGUCUUCCCGGACAUACAAUUUGCGAUGGAGGAGGAAGAGAACAACCAGCUGGCCUUCCUGGAUGUCCUCGUAUGCCGCAAGGAUUGUGGUGGACUAAAGACCAAAGUGUUCAGGAAAACGACAAAUACGAUGCAAGUACUGAACUUCAACAGCAACCACCCAAUCAGUCACAAAUGCAUUUGUGUGAGGACGCUCUAUUGGCGUGUCGAAACGCACUGCAGUGAGCCGGAAGACAAGAUUGCUGAACUACAAUACCUCCGACGGUUCUUCAAAGCCAGUGGCUACCCGCACAACUUUGUCAACCGGUGCAUACACAAAAUGGACCAAAGGCCUAACCGCACGGACACCAAAGUUUGGCGUGCGCUUCCAUAUGUCAAGAACGUUUCGGAAGCUGUUGGCCGCCUUCUCGCACCACUUGGGGUUGGAGUGGCACACAGGCCGGAGGCAACCAUCAGGCGUCAGUUGAUGAAACCAAAAGACCCACUGCCACGGCAAGAAACAUCUGGAGUCGUUUAUCGGAUCUGGUGCAGUUGCGGACAAAGCAACUACGUCGGAGAAACCGGAAGACAGCUCCGAACGCGAAUGACGGAACACGCUGCAACAGUGCGGAGAAAUGUCGCCAGCUCUUAA